AUGUCGGAAACACUGCCGAAUAACAAAAAACAAGUGCCAAGACAGCUGCGUGAAAGAAAACAGCGAAAACUUUAUUCAGACGAAUGGGCUCUCGGAGACGAUGAGGCUGAAGGUGGAAGAGGCUUUUCCUUGGCAGAUAAGCUGGAAAGUCCUCGCUUCGAGCAUGCUGGCUCUGUCCUGGAAAUGCAUGGUUCUGACAUAACAGUGUCAUAUCUUCAGAAGAAUGGAUUUACCACACCUCUUCUGUUCAAAGAGAAGACAGGCCUAGGAUUAAGGGUUCCUACCAGUAACUUUACGGUGAACGACGUGCGAAUGUGCGUCGGUUCGAGGCGCCUCCUCGAUGUUAUGGACGUUAACACCCAAAAGAACAUCGAGAUGACAAUGAAGGACUGGCAGCGUUACUACGAUGAUCCGAACAAGGAGCGUUUACUGAAUGUAAUAUCGUUGGAGUUUUCUCACACGAAACUGGAGAAUUACGUCCAAGCGCCGCGCAUCGUGCGGCAGAUCGACUGGGUGGACACCGUGUGGCCGCGGCAUUUGAAAGAUCAACAGACUGAGUCAACCAAUGCAUUGGAUGAUAUGAUGUAUCCGAAAGUGCAGAAGUACUGCCUCAUGUCUGUGAAGGGAUGUUACACAGAUUUCCACAUUGACUUUGGCGGCACGUCCGUAUGGUACCACAUCUUGAGAGGUGCAAAAGUAUUCUGGCUGAUACCACCCACCGUGAAGAAUUUGCAGCUGUAUGAAAAGUGGGUACUGUCGGGCAAACAAUCAGACGUCUUCUUCGGUGAUACGGUCGAAAAAUGCAUCAGAGUCCAUCUUCAAGCCGGGCACACAUUCUUCAUCCCCACGGGGUGGAUUCAUGCGGUGUAUACACCGAGUGACUCGCUCGUUUUCGGUGGAAAUUUCCUACAUCAAUUCUGCAUAGAGAAACAACUCAAGAUAGCUCAAGUUGAGGACGUCACUAAGGUGCCCCAGAAGUUUCGGUAUCCAUUCUUCACGGAGAUGCUGUGGUACGUGUUAGACCGGUAUGUCAGCGCGCUACUGGGUCGCUCUCAUCUAGCAACAGAAGGGCAAUCGACACCGCCCACUCCGCCCAAAGAGCAUAUACACUUAACGCAGAAUGAACUCCACGGUCUUAAGGCCAUAGUCAUGUAUCUCCAUCAGCUGCCAGCGGCUCGUAAGUCGGUGCCGGAGCUACUCUCCGAUCCGAUUGCACUAGUCAGAGACGUGAGGACUUUGGUGGAACAACAUAGGCAUGAUAAACAGCAUUUGGCUGUCACUGGCAAUCCAGUUCUGAAAGGUCCAGACGAAGUGACUACAGGUGAGAGGAGGCAUUACAGCGGUCGCGGGGGUCGCGGCGGUGGUCACCGCGGGGGACCCGUAAGACCCCGCCCUGAUCACGCCAAUAACGCUCCCAGGAGGCGACGAACAAGGUGCAAGAAAUGUGAAGCUUGCCAGCGUACCGAUUGUGGUGAAUGCGUAUUCUGUCACGAUAUGGUUAAGUUUGGUGGCCUCGGUCGUGCUAAGCAGACGUGCGUCAUGCGACAGUGUUUACAGCCGAUGUUGCCAGUGACGGCUUCGUGUGCCGUUUGUCACCUCGACGGAUGGAUGCAGACUCCAGUCGCGCCCCAGGCAAAGGGUAACUCCGGUCGUGUGGGUCCAUCGUCGUUACGCGAAUGUUCCGUAUGCUAUAGUAUAGUACACGGCGCAUGCGUACAACCAGGUGGACAGAUCAACGAAGAUUUGCCCAACUCAUGGGAGUGUCCGACUUGUACCACCAUGGGACUCAAUCACGACUAUAAGCCGCGUCAUUUCCGCGCUCGCCAGAAGUCUUCAGAUCUCCGCAGGAUGAGCGUCGGUUCAGACGUUGCUCAACUUGGUCAACCCCAUGGCAAUAUUCAGAAUAAGUUGCCGGCACCACCGCCACCAGUGACGAUCAAGUCAGAAGCCGGUUCUGACAGCGAAGGCAAAAGUGAACUACCCCAUAUCAAAUCUGAAGAAGAUCUAAAACGUGAGGAGGAAGCGGCAGAAACAGCGGCGGAGGGCGGAGAAGGUUGGGAACCGUCCGCAAAGAAACGACGCGCCAGUGAUGAAGAUGAUGCGCCCAAAAAGCAUGCUUUACGAGCACAUCUCGCGUUACAACUCACCCAUCACACUAGCAAGCCCCUCAAGAAACCAUUGUAUCCGAUCCGUCCAGUGCAGCCUGUGGGUGCGGUAAUUAAUCCAAGCAAUUCUCCGUGGUUAGACCGCGAGGCGAUGCUUUGCGUGUUCGCUAAAUUAACUCCACAUGAGCUAGCCACCUGCGCGCUCGUAUGCAAAGCCUGGGCGGAGUAUUCGAUGGACCCGUCGUUGUGGAGGAGUAUGUCGUUUGUUCAAGUUCGUGUUUCGGCGGCACAGUUAGCUGGCAUUGCGAGACGUCAACCGCUUUCUUUAGGCCUCGAGUGGUGCCAUCUGGCGCGAAGACAACUCGCUUGGUUACUGGCGCGACUACCAGCGCUCCGUUCUCUAUCGCUGGCCGGUUCACCGGCCGAGGCGGCGUUAGCGUUACGCUCGUCUACAUGUCCGCCGCUGACGUCACUAGAUCUAUCCUUCGCCCGUUGUCUGGACGACGCGAAGCUCCGAGGAAUACUGGCGCCGCCCGAGAACUCUAGACCUGGUGGUGGAGCGAGAACUGGCGCGGAACCGUCCCGACUUGCGGCGCUCAGUGUGUUGAGACUGCCCGGAACUGAUAUCACAGACGUAGCAAUGAGAUACGUUGUACAGGCGUUACCAAAGCUCUCCGAGUUGGACGCGUCAUCCUGUGCGCGUCUCACAGACGCGGGCGCAGCUCAGUUAGCUCACCACGGACUUCAGCGGCUGUCAUUGGCCGGCUGUCGACUUCUUACCGAGGCGGCUUUAGAUCAUCUCGCGAGGUGUCCCAAUCUUAUCAGGCUGGAUCUUCGACAUGUGCCACUCGUCUCCACGCAAGCUGUUAUCAAAUUCGCUGCCAAGUCAAAACACAAUUUGCACGUGCAGGAUGUGAAACUAGUCGAGUUGAGGAAGACCUGA